AGGGGAGGGGAAACGAUAGAAGUUGGACAAGAAGGAUUCCUCAGCUCUAAUCGGCCCCUUACCCUGUUAAAAGACAAGAGGGGAAGUGUUGAAAAGAGAAAAGUGGAUUACACCAAAAAAAAAAAGAAAGAGAAAGGGUUUACAAUUCCGGACGCAUCGGCUUUUCUGUGGAUUAAUGUUGUCUUUAUUGAGUGGAUUUAUCGAUUGCUUGUAGGUAGGAGUUGAAGGAGGGAGCCAUGAGGAUCAUCCUGUUCUCCGUUGUUCUGCUGACCAUCUGGUCAGGUCAUGGAGUUCGUAUGGUGACUGCUCAUGGAAAGCGGUGUCCAUCUCUACAGGUCGAAGACUGGAAGUUUCCUCAGACAGCCAGACACAACAUUACAGGUUUCAAUCUGGUGCGGCGCUUUUCUCUGAUGAAGAACAGUGAUGUGAAGAAGAUCCGUAACCCGCGAGGGCCCCUCAUCCUACGCCUGGGAAAAGUUCGCCUCAUCCAACCCACUGAUCAAGUGUUUCCACAUGGACUACCUGAGGAGUUCACACUGGUCUUCACCCUGCUGCUGAAGGCCAAGGCUCUGAGGGAUAACGUCUACCUUUUCCAGAUAUCUGAUGAGCAAGGGUAUCCACAGCUGUCGCUGGACCUGAAUGGACCGGAGGGUACGCUGGCACUGCGGACAUCUUCUGUAGAUCAGGAUGCCUCAGGAACAGGGUGUGUGUUCGAUGGAGAAGGUGUGGAGUCUCUGAUGGACCUGCGCUGGCACAAAGUAGCUCUGAGUGUGCAGAAGACUGCGGCGUCUCUUCACGUAGACUGCGGCUCUAUCGAGACGAAGCCGCUGGAGCCUCGGGGCCAUGUCCCAAUUACUGGACACACGCUGAUGUUCAUCAGGGCCAGCAAUGCCGCUCCUGUUGAGAUGGACAUUCAGCAGGUGGUGUUGUAUUGCAACCCAUCUUUGGCUAUCCAGGAAGCGUGCUGUGAAAUUCCAGGAGCUCGGUGCCCCCCAGAUGCCCCGAAGAGCCGUCGAGCAGCAGAGAACCUGGUGGAGAUCCUGCCCAACCCUUUCAGCCAGCCAAUCCAUGGAUCAAAAGACUUGGCAGAAAAAUGUGCAGGCUGUGUGUUGAUCACUGAGGAUCAAAAUCUCGUCAAGGAAGGGGAAGCGGGUCAGCAUGGCCUGAAAGGAGAAAAAGGAGAGCGGGGUCUGGACUGCACCGGAGCUGGAGUUCCCGGUCGAUGUCCAGAAGGAGUGAAGGGGGAAAAAGGAGAGAGAGGCGAGCCGGGUCUGCUUGGAAACUGGGAGGCAUCUUUAGGAAUUAAGGGAGAUAAAGGACAGAAGGGUGAGGUCGGAGCCCGAGGUCUCAGUGGAAGUCCAGGGAAAGACGGUCGCACUGGAUCUAUUUGUGUCGUGGGUCCUAAAGGGCAGAAGGGAAACACCGGUCCUGUUGGUCCGGAGGGGCUUGCGGGAGAACCAGGCCUACCAGGACCUCCUGGACCUCCUGGCGUUGGCACACCAGGAAAACCUGGGAGCCCAGGCGUACCUGGAUCAAAGGGGGAUUCUGGGAUACCUGGGAAGGAUGGGAUGACAGGUGAUCCUGGUCCAAGAGGUCCAGGUGGCUCCAAAGGUGAAAAGGGUGACCCAUGUGAAGUUUGUCCAGUGCUGCCAAAGGAUUUGAGUGGAACCACAGUUCUUCAGGGGAAGCCUGGUCCCAAAGGAGAACCCGGUGCACCAGGCAAAGCAGACCAGGGUUUACCUGGCUCUCCAGGGAACGAUGGAAAAGCAGGAGAAAAGGGAGAACGAGGCUUAGAAGGGGCCAAAGGAGAGAAGGGCGAGCCGUGUGCUAUGUGCCCCACAACUGGUGGUAGUGUCAGCCCCCAGAAUCUCCAGAUGAAGGGGGGAAAUGGACAGAAGGGAGAGCAGGGAGAGACAGGUCUGCCUGGAUUUAAAGGGGAAAAGGGUGACGCAGGAGCUGAAGGCAGUGAGGGGAAAACUGGCAAGCCUGGUCCAAGAGGUCUAAGUGGCAAGGAUGGACAUAGAGGAGAAAAGGGAGAUACUGGUCAGGCGGGUGUACCAGGGACCAAAGGUGAAAAGGGAGACUCAUGUGGUGUGUGUUCAAGUCCCCCGUCUGAAGUGAAAGGAGGCGCGAUCAUUUUUAAGGUGCCAGGGGAGUCAGAGUUGGGCAAAGAGGGACCUCAAGGACUAAAAGGAGAUAAAGGUGAUCAGGGUUUACAGGGAGAGCCAGGACUGGCUGGAUCACCAGGAUCCCAGGGACUGCCAGGGAAACCCGGGAGAGACGGACUCAAAGGACAGAAGGGCGACGCCUGUGACAGCUGUCCGACACUUCCUUCGGAUUCGGAUGAUGUUGUGGGCUUACCUGGACCCAAGGGUGAGAAAGGAGAGCCAGGUGAACGUGGUGUGGGAAAAGUCGGGAAGAGAGGUGAACAAGGGCUGAGAGGUAUUCCUGGACCUGCUGGUCCAGAAGGACCUCAGGGACCUCCGGGGCUUAUAGGACCAAUUGGACCAAAGGGUCCGAAAGGGGAAAUAGGGUCUGCGGGUCCUCAGGGGCCGAGUGGCAUCAGCAUAACAGGACCUCCGGGUAGAGACGGUUUUCCUGGCCCUCAAGGAAUCCCAGGAGCAGAUGGAAGACCAGGAGCCAUCGGACCUAAGGGUGACAAGGGAGAACCAGGAGAGUGCAGUUGUGUGUCUAAUAUAAUUCCACAACCUGGAAAACCUGGUGUCCCUGGUGGCGACGUCUCAUUUCAGGGGCCUCCAGGACCUCCAGGCCCCCCAGGACCUCCAGGGCCACAAGGAUUUACAGGGUUCCCAGGCCCACAGGGUCUCCCUGGCAACGAUGGCUUACCAGGGAAACCGGGUCUGCCCGGCCAAGCAAUUCCAGUAGAUACUGACCCGUCGGAUAUCAAAAAGACGAACUGUGGCGACUGUUCCAAAGGCCUGCCAGGCGUGCCCGGUGUACCUGACACCAAGCCUGAGAAGAGAGAUCAUGGCAAACCUGGUGUUAUUUCUUUAGAUGGAUGUGAGAAGUGUCUUGAGAGGCUGCAGUUAGAGGAACCACGGAGGCCUAAUACCAACAACGGCCCUUGUGCAGGUGUGCCAGGGUCACCGGGUAUCCCAGGGCAACCCGGGAUUAAAGGUGAUCCGGGGGACAGGGGUGAAAGGGGUCCUGUUGGUCCUCCUGGAAUCUCAGGUAAUAUUGGUUUCCCUGGUCCUCAAGGCCCCGCUGGACUCCCUGGUCAGCAAGGUGAGCGAGGACAACAUGGACCUCCGGGACUGAAAGGAGAAAAGGGUCCACCUGGAAUUCCUGGAUACCCAGGAACCAUGGGACCACCUGGACUUCCAGGGCUUAAAGGAGAACGAGGAAGUCCAGGCACCGUAGGGCAGAAAGGAGAAUCAGGCCCACCAGGAUUUCCAGGUCAUCAUGGACCACAAGGCCCAGCUGGUCCCAAAGGAGAAGUAGGACUGGCAGGCCCCGUGGGACCAAAGGGAGAUCAGGGUUUCUCAGGACCACCAGGAUUCCCAGGACAACAGGGAGCUCCAGGAAUCCCAGGAAAAAUUGGCCCUGCAGGACCACCAGGGCCAAAGGCAGAGCCGGGGAGUCCAGGACUUCAGGGUCCACAGGGAUCUACAGGCCCUCCAGGAUCUCCUGGACGCCCAGGAUUGCAGGGUGCACCUGGGAUGGACGGACUUGAUGGGAAAGACGGAAAACCAGGGUUGAGGGGUGAUCCAGGUCUGCCUGGCCCUGUUGGCCCCAGGGGAAUCCCGGGAUUCAAGGGUAUUAAAGGACAUACAGGCCUUCCAGGACUAAAGGGAGAGCUGGGACCUCAAGGCCCACCUGGAGCAACAGGAAGACCAGGACAAGAGGGUGACCCUGGUCCACCAGGACCACAAGGACCACCUGGUGCUCCAGGACAUCUGGGUUCUGCUGGUCCCCCAGGUCCACCAGGACCAGCUGGAGCUCCCGGCACGGGUAUUCAAGGGGAUAAGGGAGAGGCCGGAGAGAGAGGGCUGCCAGGAAUGCCUGGGCCUCCAGGGUCUCCUGGGCAUCCAGGACUGAUGGGAGAACCAGGCAGUGAUGGUGCAGCAGGGAAAGAUGGAGCACCAGGUCUGCCAGGAGAAGCUGGUUCACAUGGACAGAAGGGUGAGGCAGGGACUCCAGGCCAGAGGGGUCCUCCAGGAGAACGUGGUCGUCCAGGGCCCCCUGGAGGAGCAGGAUAUCACUCUAAAGACUCUGGGAUAGGAGUAAUGGGACCUGUAGGCCCCCGUGGAGAGAGAGGAAGCCCUGGUGCACCUGGACAAGCCGGACCUCCGGGACCAGCAGGAAUGCCGGGAAAUGAUGCUGUUGUCAACUAUGAUGAUAUCAGGUCUUUCAUCAGACAGCAGGUUAUCAAGCUCUUUGACGAGCGAAUGGUGUAUUACAUGUCGCGCAUGCAGAUGCCAGUGGAAAUGGUAGCCUCGCCGGGCAGACCCGGACCCCCAGGCAAAGACGGCACUCCAGGAAGAGCAGGACCUCCAGGGCUUCCGGGUCGUCCGGGACAGAUUGGUCGAGAGGGUAGACAAGGACUUAUGGGCCCUCAAGGUCCUCCAGGCAGCAAGGGAGAAAAAGGAGAUAAAGGUGUGGGAGAGAUGGGAGACAGCGGCCCCCCUGGUGCUCCAGGUGUUCCUGGACAGCCUGGUUAUGGUAAAAUGGGUCCACCAGGCCCCACAGGUCAACAGGGCAUCCCUGGAAUUCCAGGACCACCAGGAAGCCCAGGAUCAAAGGGCAAAGAUGGUCGUUGCCAUCCAUCUGACUGCAUGAGUAGACCUAUGGAGUACAGCCCCAAGGGCCCACAAAUGAAAGGGCCCAUGUACUAGAAAGAGUAUGUGAGUGAGGGGAAAAGGGAGAGUAAGGAAAUGGAAAAAAAAUACAAGAGCCAAAGAUCAACAGUAUCAAAUCUGCCUGCUAAAUGCCUUUGGCAUGAUCCAUGGGAUGCCAGUGGAGCUAAAGGGCAAUUCUGUCAAUAUAAUCGUGGCUGGGCCAGAUUGGUCUAUAAGCUGUUUUUAAAGAGUUGCCAAUGCCAAAAGUUUCCCUGCAACUACUCGUGCUAUUGCUAGUGAAACCUCUUUCUCUGAUUUCAACUUUCCCUUUGCUGACGUUUGACUGAAAACUCUUGGAUUAAGGACCCUGAGCACAAAGAGCUUUCCCUUCUGGACUGUCAUUACCGUGAUCAUUACCGUGAUCCUUGGUUCAUUGGCCGUGAUGGUGUUGUGUCUUUAAAUUCAGCUAUUAGGCUGGUUUCACACUGUUCUCGGAAAAUUCACAGCUGUGAUUUUAAACACAUUAUCUUCAGUGCGAGGCGCACAAGAUCAAGCAAAGUUCAAAUGUUUUCAACUUUUGCGUGACACUUUGCUGUGCACGGCCAUUAGCAGGGCAGGAGGCAUGUUAUUUUGCUCCGAGAAAGAUGGAAGGACUAAUAACAUUUCUUCUUCCUUCUCUCCAGAGGGCUGCAUCCACUUUUGUGCCCAACCUGCCGCAACACUAUCCAUUUAUCACAACUGCAUCCACUAGCACACAUCACAGUGUGAAAACAGCUUGAUUCUUCGCCAAUGUUUACGAUUUGCAUCAGCUUUUUAGUCCCGAAAUGCUUUCGCAAAUAAUUUUCCCAGUUUUUGUUGGAUUUUUCAUGGCAGCUGCUGAAUUUUGCGCUUUUUAUUUUUUUAAAGAGUAUAUUACCUUAAUAUCCCAGACUUUAAAGAAACAAUCUCACAUUUGAUUUGGGCCGGAUCUCAUAACCUAUUUGGAAUUUUGAAAUUGCCUUUCUCCAUUCUCCGAGCAUUAUGAUGUCGCUUGAUGUAAAGGUACAAAUGAGAUAUAAUUAUUCCUGUUUCCUUUGAGACCUUGUGUUGUACAUAUUUGUAUUUAUAUGUAAUGGCUUUUCUUUUUUUAUGAAACAUUUUAAUAGAUUGGCAUCGGCAUUUCAGUCCUUAUUUUUGCGUCGUCAUCUCAGAUCUCAGAUAUUGUCGUAGUUCGAAUAGCAAAAAUACGUUUUUAUAGAUUGGUUGGUUGAAUUUCUAUAUAAACUGAAGUGAAUAAUAACUCGGAAUUCAUAUUUCGGAAUUCAUAAGCAGUCAUAUUUAUUUGAGAUUUAUGAGGAGUCUUCUGUGACCUUGUCCAUCGACAUUCCAGAACACUGCCACUUUUUUAUAUCUUUUAAACUUGAAUUUAUAUAUAUUUUUAUAUAUAUAUAUAGUCAACCAAUUUCAGGUAAAAACCUAAUGUUCCUUCUGAAUAGAGAUUCAUUCGCAUUUGACAUGCGCUCGUCAUCUUGAAUUUUCUUUGCUCUUCGUCCAUCAUGAGAAAGCCAUGCGCUUCACCAUCAUCUCUGGUUUAGUUUGCAUUCCAUCAUCUAAAAGCUUUUCUGAUCCCAUGCCAUUUAGCACACUGCUGUCAACCAGGAUCCAGUGAGAUACAUUUACCAUCAGCACUUUAUCCUCUCUGUCAGACCUCCACAACGUGCGUGUGGUGUAUGGUUUGGCAGAUUUUCUCAGACCUGGAAUUACGUACUUAAAGAUGCACUAUGUAAGAAUAAAAGUUAAUAGACUUGCAUCCAAACUCGUGUUUUAUGAAAAAAAAAUCCACUUUUGUUAUGUGUACGGUCAGUAGUCAUGUAAUAUUGUACAAAUCCCUUCAAUAUUAAGAAUUAAUGAAAAGCAAACCCCGUUGCGCUUCAACUUAAAAUUCCUUCGUAGUGGAAAUCCAUCCAUUGUGUCAUUAAUACCACCAUCAACUUUGUACCUCUCUUUCACAUGUUGAAUUUCAGUGAAAUUCAACAGAUGGUCAAGUUUACCUUAUUAUGGCCACCAAAGCCUAUUGAUCGACAGUAAACGGCUGUUUGUCCUUUCCUUUUUAUAUACUUUGUAAUAACCUACAAAAAGCAAUUUAAAAAAAAUUGCCACCAUUACAUAUAGAUCCAUUUGUGUCAUUCUUGUGUUAGCUGUUUGUGUGCAAUUUUUUUUUUUUUGAAAGAAAACUAAGAAAAGCAAUAAAGUUCUUUUUUUUUAAAGCAGA